UAGAGAAAUUGAAAAAACGCUUCAGUCGAGAUUUUUUUUGCCUCGAGACGAUAAGAGAGAAGUAAAACCGUACGGCUGAUGUAUUUAUCCCGUUAGCAAAUAUAUUGAGAAGGCACAACGCGGCAUUGAGAUUGAUGAUCGACUUUGAGAGAAUAAUGCGAACCGGGGCAGCGAAAAGGGGGAUCGUCAGGUUCGAAAAAUUUUAUUUGGAAUUCUUCUUUUCGUCUCGUGAUGUUUUUUUAUUCGCAUUUAUUUUCCUCUUCGUUCACGGAGGACGCGACAAACGAAAUUCGCCUCGGGAUGAGGCGGGGGUCGGGCUGAUAGAAAAUUGGUCACGGAGGGGAGGAAAUAAAAUCGUGGAUCGUCGCGAGGCGAUAAGAAAAAUAAGAAAAUGUGUAUACAUCGAUACCGUUUCUUUUAUGCUGCGGGGCAUUCGCGAAGAUAGAAACUGCGAGUCGUGCCAGACCGGGGAUCGUAUUUUCGUGUCUCUCGCGCCAAUUUUUUCGCUUCACUUUUACGUUGACUGGUGGGAAAAAAAUGUCAAUACGUGUGAAGUGAAUUUCGAAUUCAUUUCAAUCGUGUCGAGUCUUUUAGGAUCGUCACACAAGGGAGAGCCAUUUCUUCGAGUUUUUCUGUCCACACCUGGAACUUGCACGUUUUCAUAGUAUUUUAGCUUACAAAUCUUUGGGAUUCUGACUGCUGAACUUCGCGAUCAUUUGGGUACAAAAGGGCGGAAAUCGAAGUUGACCUCAUUAACGAAUUUUGUCUCAGCUCCAACGAUACCAAAAUCCAGCCAAAUAUCAAUCCCCACGAUAAUUCUAAGCUCGCGAGAUCCGCGCGUGUGAGCGAGUGAAAUAUUUAUUGGAAAAAAUAGAAGCUCGUCGACAUCGGGACGAUCGACUUUUGGAUUCGAAGUGGUACGUCGAACGGUGACGCGGUGAAAAAUCUAUGUUCGUCAAACACUUUUCAAGCGGUUGAAAUAAACGAACAGAGAGGCAAAUAAUCAUCCAAGAUGAUGAAGAAGGAGAAACCAAUGAUGUCAGUGACGGCGAUUAUCCAGGGAGCUCAGGCCCAACACUGGGCUCGAGGUAAUACUUGGCUGAGCUUGGACAGCAGUAAUAUGUCGAUGUCCUCAGUAGGACCGCAGAGUCCCCUGGACAUGAAACCCGAUACUGCGAGUCUCAUAAAUCCUGGCAACUUCAGUCCUUCGGGACCAAACAGUCCGGGAUCUUUCACCGUCGGUUGUCACAGUAGCCUGUUGAGCACAUCGCCCAGUGGUCAAAGCAAAACAGGCUCCGGCUCACCAUACCCACCGAACCAUCCCUUAUCGGGCAGCAAACAUUUGUGCUCCAUUUGCGGUGACCGAGCCAGUGGAAAACAUUACGGAGUCUACAGUUGCGAGGGUUGCAAAGGCUUUUUCAAACGUACGGUACGCAAAGAUCUUUCGUACGCGUGCAGGGAAGAAAAGUCUUGCAUAAUCGACAAACGACAGAGGAAUCGUUGCCAGUAUUGUAGAUAUCAAAAAUGCCUGGCCAUGGGAAUGAAGAGGGAAGCCGUGCAAGAAGAACGCCAGCGAACCAAGGAGAGAGAUCAGAGCGAGGUCGAAAGUACCAGCAGUUUACACGCCGAUAUGCCAGUCGAAAGAAUAUUGGAAGCUGAAAAAAGGGUCGAGUGCAAACUCGAACAUCUAGGAAAUUACGAGAAUGCGGUGACGAAUAUCUGCAGUGCAACGAACAAGCAAUUGUUCACAUUGGUUGAAUGGGCGAAGCACAUACCCCAUUUCACGUCGUUACCAUUGGAAGAUCAAGCGAUGCUGCUGCGAGCUGGCUGGAACGAAUUAUUGAUAGCGGCAUUUUCGCAUCGUUCGGUCGAGUGUAUCGACGGUAUAGUAUUGCCGACGGGUAUAACAGUGCACAGAGCAUCGGCACAACAGGCCGGAGUUGGUGCGAUAUUCGAUCGUGUGCUCUCCGAAUUGGUGGCAAAAAUGCGAGACAUGGAAAUGGACAAAACGGAACUGGGUUGUCUCCGCUCGAUAAUAUUAUUUAAUCCGGAAGUACGAGGUCUCAAAUCGGCCCAGGAAGUCGAAUUAUUGCGAGAAAAAGUUUAUGCCGCCCUUGAAGAAUAUACGAGGAUCGCGAGACCCGACGAACCAGGAAGAUUUGCCAAAUUACUUCUUCGUUUACCCUCCUUGCGUUCGAUCGGUCUCAAGUGUCUCGAACAUCUAUUUUUCUUCAGGCUCAUUGGCGAUGUACCCAUCGAUUCCUUUCUCAUGGAAGUUCUCGAAUCACCCUCCGAUCCCUAGGAACAACGUGUGGUGUGCCGCGUUAUCGAGCACACCGCAGACAUGUAAAAAUAACGCCAGCCACAACGCACCUCUGCUCUGCUACACCCUCUGCCUCAGGUCGUGACACGAACCUCCAGAAUUCAAUAUCGACGCAGCAACGAUAUCGUUAUUUUUUAAUAUUCGUGUACAGGAUGUCCAGGUGUGAAUAAACAAUAGUAAGAAUAUCGAUGGACCGAUUAUUCACGAGUCGGAAAGUCAAAUAACCGUUUUUGGAUUCUGAUGAGUUCGUUAGUAUUAAAAUGUACGAAGCUUACAUUUAUAUGGUACAGACUGUUCAAGUACUUUAAGUUAAAAGCGAUUAAUUUAAGUCUUGGAGAAAAAUCGCGACGAAACUUUCGAACUUUUAAUUAACGAAACACCCUCAAGAAAGUGAAUCCUCGAAUGCGCAGUAUCGUUUAUUUUAAUAAACGUUUUUUUAAUAAAUAAUUCGUUCGAUCAAAACAGCCUGAAAUUUGUUAAUUAAGGCCAAGAUAUUUAGAGAACGAGUAAGAAUUUGGGGGGAAAAGACAUUUUUACGAUUUUGAGGUUUCCUCGAGACAACAGAUCGAAUUUUGGUCGGAGAGAAAUUACCGGCUGAACGUGUUUCUCAUCACUUCGAUAACGAAGACGCAAAAGCCGGUUCAUUUGUAUUUUUUUAAUAAAACUUUCUGUAUUUGUUACUAUAUUCCUCUUUUUAUUUAUUAUUGGAAGAGUCGAAAUAAAUCUUCGAAAAAGAAAUUGUCAGACGAUCAUUUUGAUAUUAUAGUCCGUAUAAGUUGGUCUGUUCCCGAUUUAAAAUUGAUUUUGUUAAAAAAUUUUUCGAUUUAUCGAAGCUUUAAAAUUAACUGGACAUUAUCGAUUAUUGACCUUGGGACAUCCUGUACAAUCAUAUCUAGUGCGCCAAACGACGGGUUAAUAUUUACUUAUUUUGUAUUUCGCUAUUGUGUCUCUUUGCGAUUUGACGAUGUAUAUUUUCGUACAGGCAAACAAUGCACUCUCACAUACACACGCGUACGAGCAAAUGUGUAUUUAUCGUUGGUAAACGUCGGACAACACCCAGGGGCAUUUUCUCAGACCAUGAGGCCCGGGGAAUUCUCGUACUUGGCGACGAUUCGUAUUGAGAGCAUACGCGACGCGAUCGCCUCCGAACAAACUACGAUGGCAGGUCCCCCAUUUAACGAAUGUUGUAUAUUCGUCAUUUCGUUGCAGUAUAUGUGAGCAUUACAUGAGGUUGCCAAUGCCAACUGAGCCAGUCUAACGCUCUUUUCUGUUAUUUUUAAUUAUUAACGUCGUCGAUUCGUCUGUUUUGAUUAUGAAGAAAAGUUUUUCAAUCGAAUGAAAAAUAGCUGUUCAAUCAAUGUUACAGAAAUUUUAUCAAUAACUUUAGCUUCGUGAUUAUUUUUAUUUUUCAAAUAACUUUUAUGCCUGGCAUAUGACAGAAUAUUUAUUUCGACAUUUCAUCGCAAAAAGUUGCGAUGCUUUUAGAGUUUUGAUGUCGUAUCAGUUGGUUUGACAAACGAAAUGUGUAAAUGUUUGUGUAUAUAUAAAUGAAUGAAUGACAACAGAACCCACAACGAAAUUCUUCGGCCACGUAAUUGAGCUGAUCACAUGUACAGAUGAACGUUUUGAUCGGACUGAGUCACAAAAUGAUUACGUUUGUCUAAAAACGCUCUCAAGUUCCUAUUAAUAAUUGCGCUUUGAAGUUUUUCUUACAUUUCCUUUCUUUGUUCUCUGUCUAAUGAGUAAACGGUUCGAACAAUCGUGCACACAUUAUAAAUAUUUUAUUGUUUAAAUAAUCAGCAGUUUGUCCGCUAGUUCGGCAAAUAAUGUCUUACACAUUCCAACUCGAAGUGAGUCUCUCGAUACGGAUCGUUGUCCAUUCGAGAUUGUACGUAGCACGAUGCGUAUAAAAUUAUAUAAAUAUAUGAAUGUAGAAAAAAUACAUACAAAUAUUUAUAUAAAUAAACAUACACGCGCCGUAUUCAACGUGUAUAUUUUCGUAAUUUAUUAUUUUGUACAUUCAUCGAACACAUUUGUAUUUUUUUUGUCAAUAUUACUGCGUAUUCUCUUUUGUCACACAUCCACCUUUUAUCGAAUGGCGAAUAAAUGAAGAAACAGCAACGACGUUCAACGAUGAAGAAGUUACUGGAGUUCGGUCAUGUACAAAAAUGUGGUGAAUUUUUGUAAAACUGCAUGUACAAAUAUCUGUCGGCUGAUUAUGUUAAUAAUUGUUUGUUGAAAAUAGAUUUUUUUUAAAUCGUCAAAUAACAUGUCAGUUGCUUCGUCAACUUAACGUGAAGUUGUUUUAUUUUGUCUGAUGAGUAUGUUUUUUUAGAUCUGAAACAAAUUUUCGUGGUGUCUUUCUCCCCAAUCUCUCAUCCAUUGUAGUACGAUCAAUCGAUCGAUUCACGGUUGAUAUUUCGAUGUUUUUUUUUUUUUUUAGUACCACAGAAUUUUUAUUUGCAUCACUGGCCGAUACGACCUCAAUGGGUAUCGGUGAAACUAUUCGUUCGCAAUCGAAAAUUACAGUAAAUUCAAAAAGACAAAACAAUAAACCAAGAUUUUAGGAGCAUAAUUGCUAUACUGCAAUAUAAGCGAUGACACGUAAUUGAUAAUAGAUUCUUAAUCUCAAUGUCGAUCGUCUGAAAAUAAAAGUUUCUCAAAUAAUUGAUUGCAGCUGAAGGAUCUACGAAGCACAAAUAAAGAAAGCAAAGAGAAAAGAGGAAACCAAUGCAGGUCACGAAAUUCCGUGUCUCAUUCGAUGGGCUAAGUUUGUACAAAAACUAUAUUAAAAAACUCGUAUAUUGGCACUGAAUUUGGUUGUGGGUAAUCGAAAUAAGAGUCAAGUAUUACCUAGUUUUUAAUCAUGUAAACUUAAGAUGCAGCGUGUGCAUAUGAAUAUGAAGAGAAAAUGCGAAGAAUAUUUGAAGACUAUUACUAAAUCCAACCCCAACAAAUUAACUGGUCGUUCAAUUGAUCAAUUUCGAAUUGAGGCUAGAAUAGAAAAACCCUCGUUGCUCCUUUCAGCUUCGAUCAUAAUAUCUCUGUCGAUUAAUUCAACUGCUCGUAACCCGAACGAUCAUACUUACACUACGAUAAUAUUAUUACAUAUAAUUAUGAAUAAUAUCAUUACCGAACAUAUUUCUAUUUUUGCGUGAAUGCAUACGGUUGUUAGUUGUUGGUUAUUGUUAUCUAUUUGACGAGUAUUUUAAAUGUUAACAUCUGUCGUAAAUGAAAAUUAAAGAAAAUAUAAGAAAAACAAUAGUAAACGAAACAGCAUAAUGCAGGAUCUACUCGAUUUAUUUUUUUCAAUUCACUAACCGAAAUCCGAGUCCGAGUUUCGUUUCAACAGUUUAAGACGCACGUCGAAUUUUUUGAAGAACUCAAUUCGUAACUUCAUUACCUCCAAGUGGCAAUUGCAGUGUCGAGGUCCUUCGACUUAUUGUUCAAUAUACAAAAGAAAAAAACCGAGGAAUCAUUAUAAGAGAAUGCAAAUGAGUGAUGCGGGCGCGAAUGCUAUACCUGUGAAUGAAGUUUCAUAUGACCAUAUAUAUAUAUAUAUAUAUAUUGUUUUAAUAAAGAUAUCUAUACAUAUAUUGUAAGAUACGAUUAUAAUAGCGCAAUAAAUUGUCGCGAUAAUCAAUAGGACAAUUAUUAGUUGAGAAAAUAAUUGCUUUGUAAAUAUUUUUAGAAAAUUCAAUAAUGCUCGAGACACUAAACUUUACGCUCAAAAAAUGAUAUUAAAGAUUAUUAAUGUUGAUGCAAUGAA